AUGUCAAGCUUGUCAGAAAUUUGGCAACGUGCAUCAGUUACCCGCAACAGCACUACACUCAAUGCAAUCAGCGUGACCCUUUGCGUGGUGGGGUAUGGACAUACUCGGUCCUUUCCCAAUUGCCAGGACAACUGCUAUGGCGGUUACAUCGAAAAACCGCACAACCCAGGUACAUCCGAGACGCCCGAGCAAGGAGACCGGAGAGAAGGAAUUCAACUCAUCAAUCAACUUCGUACAAUCUCGGCCAGGCUCAGCAAGGGAGACGACUUAUUCGAAGAUGAUGAUAAUGAUGAAGAAGGAGAAGAGGUAAAAGAGGAGUACUUUCGUUUUGCAGCAGAUUGUAGAGAUCGCUUUGAGUACCCUGUACCGGCAACGUACUUCGGAAAUUGCUUAACAAAAUGUUAUGCAGUGCUCAAGAGAAAGGAGCUCAAGGGAGAAGGUGGUUUUUUGAAGGCGGUGAAGGCUAUUGCAAGAGCAAUAACUGAUAUGAAAACUGAACCUCUUAAAGGUGCAGAAAAUUGGAGGGCAUUAUUGAGGAAGAUAUCUGUAUUGGGAAAUACGGUACUAGUUACAGGGUCACCUAACUUCACUGUUUAUGAGACUGAUUUUGGGUUUGGAAAACCUACCAAAGUCGAGAUGGUACAUUCCCCUAAGUGCAUGUCUCUUGCUGAAAGUGGGGACAAAGAAGGAGGAUUAGAGCUUGGCUUGGUUUUUAGAAGUGGGGAAUUUGAAUAUUUCAUUUCUGUCAUUGAGCGAGGACUCGCAACAUUAAAAUCCUAAAUGAUUGUGUAUGUUGUUUCCUAUUGUGCUUUCUUAUUAACUCAUUAGACAUGUAGUGUGCGAUUCAGUAAAGGACAACAUGGGGGGUUGCUACUUUUUUAUUUGACGGUGGUAGUGAUGGUGGUGAAAGCAUGUUCAGUAUGCAUGGGACUUGGAAUAAAAAUUUCUUUUCUCGCAUCUUGUUUUCAUUUUGAGCUUAAAUAUUGUUGUACCACCACCGAGGUCCACCGAGGUCAUACCGAG